AUGGCCAGGUCUGCGCUCGCCGGGCUGCUGCCGCUGUUCCUGCUGUUUUACUCGGCCAACACCGCCUCCUGCGAACCCAUCCAGCUCGGAAUGUCCCAGAAGGGAUCAGCGCUCCCGAAGGAGCAAGUGCAGCUGCGAUGCGAAGUUUUGCGCUCCGAACCGGUCACGGGCUGCAACUGGCUCUUCCAGGGGCCCGACCUCGGCGCGGUCCCCGAAUUCCUGGUGUACAUCGGCACCAGGUCGGUAUUGCGGCCCGGACUCAGCGGCGUCUCGGGCAAGAAGGAAUCCCCCGGUGUCUUCGUGCUCACCCUGGACAGUUUUGGGGAGUCGCAGCAGGGCUACUACUUCUGCGCCGUCAUCAGCAACUCCAUCAUGCACUUCAGCUCCCGGCUGCCGCUUUUCCUACCAGCCAAGCCCACCACCACGCCGCGCCCACCCACGCGGGCACCCAACACCCCGCAGCCACUGAGCUCCAGUCCCGAGACCUGCCGACCCGCCUCCCGGCUGUCUGGGGAUCUUGGGAAGGGCAGGUGGGAUACCCAGGGGCUGGACCUCUCCUGUAACAUCUACAUCUGGGCACCUCUGGCUGGGGUCUGCGCGAUUCUGCUCUUCUCCCUGUUCGCCAUCCUGGUGUGCAUCCGCAGGAACCGAAGACGAGUUUGCAAAUGUCCCAGGCCCCAAGUCAGACUGGGAGGCAAGUCCAGUCCUUCGGAGAGAUACGUGUAAUAUGGUUACAAACCCAAACCUCGGCCACUACAAGACCAGACUGAGAAGGCUCCUUUUCAGGGAGCAGCUGCCUUUACCUAAGUUUCUCCAGCCUUUCUCCUUAUUUUCAUGG